CAUAAAUGGAAAUUGCGAGGCAAGGCGAGCGACACAUUUCCAUAGCAGUCGGAAAAUUUAAAAAAUAUAUAUAUAAAAAUUCCAAAUUUAAGACUCUCGAAGGAAACAAGAGUGUAGCUUCUGCAAAUCUUAGCUCUUUUAGGUUGCUUUGUCUCUCUUCCAUUUUCGAAGCUUCUCAAGAGCUCAUAUAAAAUUGGCAAAUUCCAAUUCGGUCUAGGGUUUCCAGUGCUUCAACAUUUACUCACCAUAUCCAAUGAAACAGACAGCUUCAAGCUUAGCUUAGGGUUUGUGUUCUCUGUGACUGAAGGUCGACCAGCGACGUUAAGGUUUUUUAAAUGGCGGCAGCGAAUCCACAGCCACUGCAGGCGCGUCCUUAUGAAGAACACGUGCGAGCGCCGAUACAGAUCGAGGACGACGACGGCGGGGAGUACGAGGAUGGUGACGCCAUGGAUGAUGUUGAUGAGCCGCUCAUGAAUUCCCGUGUUAACGUGGCGGAGCAUCACGUCGGAGUUGGAGGUGGACCUGGUAUGGUUAUGGCGUCGAGGACUAGUGAACUAACUCUAUCUUUUGAAGGGGAGGUUUAUGUUUUUCCUGCUGUUACACCUGAGAAGGUGCAAGCAGUGCUCUUGCUUCUGGGUGGACGAGACAUACCCACUGCUGUACCUACUAUUGAAGUAACCUAUGAUCAAAAUAGCAGGGGCAUAGGUGACACCCCAAAGCACUCAAACCUUUCACGGAGAAUAGCCUCCCUUGUUAGGUUCCGUGAGAAACGGAAGGAGAGAUGUUUUGACAAGAAAAUAAGAUACACUGUGCGAAAGGAGGUUGCACAGAGGAUGCACCGUAAGAAUGGGCAGUUUGCAUCCUUGAAAGAAAGCUCAUGUGGUUCAAGUUGGGAUUCUGCGCAGAGUUGUCUACAGGAGGGCAAUCCUCAUCCUGAAACUGCUGUUCGGAGAUGCCAACAUUGUGGUGUUAGUGAAAACAAUACGCCUGCAAUGCGUCGUGGGCCAGCUGGACCAAGGACAUUGUGUAAUGCAUGUGGCUUGAUGUGGGCGAAUAAGGGAACACUGAGGGAUCUUAGCAAAGGAGGAAGGAACGUUCCUAUAGACCAAAUUGAACCUGAAAUCCCUAUGGAUGUCAAGCCUUCAAUAAUGGAAGGAGAAUUCUCUGGCAACCAGGAUGAGCAUGGAACUCCUGAAGAUCCUUGUAUGUCUGUAACUGAAGGAUCCAACAUCCCUUCUGUCAAUCCGGAAGAAGUUGUUUUGCAAGAACCUACUGAAGAUCUAACUAGAACUUUGCCAAUGGGAGUUGUCCACUCUUCAGCGGAUGAUGAUGAGCAGGAACCUCUGGUUGAGCUUGCUAAUCCUUCGGAUACAGAAUUGGACAUUCCUCCCAACUUUGAUUAGAAGGCGAUAAGUUGCUUCUGUUCAGAAGCAUUGGAAGGGUCAGGUAGUGAAUGGGCACUGUCAUCUUAGUGCGUGUCGUUGUGUUGCAGAGGGGAAAGUUGCUGAUACCUCAAAAAAGGGGGUUAAUUAACAAAUUGAGUAGUAAUUAGAAACAGGCAUGAUAUUGGAUCCCCAAGUAUAAUCAUCUGACGAUGGGAGAAGAUGUGAUGCUGCUUUCAAGCUAACUGCAAAAUAGAAGAAGGCGAUAUAAUACUCCUUGUCGAUACUAGUGGUGUAUGUUGUUUGUGUAUGAUCUGUUAGCUGAUAUGGUUGAGUGAUUAAUUAUUAGGCUGUUACAUAAUUUCAAUAUGCCUCAAUUCUGUCAUUUUUAAGAAUGGUAUGAUCGGAAAUAAUACCAGUCUUCAUUUAACAGCAA